UCCUCUCCUCAGAUUGCCGCUGGGUCCACACUGGGGCAGCAAGGAGCUCUCUUACCUCCUGCUCGCUGCUGUCCUGGCUGCCCCAUCUCUGCUGCUGAGGAGGCUACCACCCUCGAAGACCUCCACAGUCUCAAGAAAAGGAAAGAGGCCGCAAACCAUUCAAAUCACUUCCUCUGGACGAAACUAUUUGGCACAGGAAUAAAGAUGGCUGCAGCACCAGCAGAAGGAGCUUACAUCAACUUGAUAGAAAUGAAAUUUGAUGAUGAUACGCUUUACUUUAUACCUGAAAAAGAUGAAGACCUGGAAUCAGAUCACUUUGCCAAGCUUGAGCCUACAUACACAGUGAUACGAAAUGUGCACGACCAAGUUCUCUUCAUUGACAGAGGAAAGCAGGCUGUGUUUGAGGAUAUGACUGACGCUGACCUUGAAGCUAAUAAAGCCCGGUUGAUAAUAUACAUGUAUAAAGACACUGAAGCCAGAGGACUGGCAGUGACCAUCUCUAUGAAGGAGAAGAAAAUGACUCUUUCCUGUAAGAACAAAGUCAUUUCCUUUAAGGAAGUGGAUCCACCUGAAAAUAUCAAUGAUACAAAAAGUGACCUCAUAUUCUUUCAGAGAAAUGUUCCAGGAUAUCACAAUAAGAUGGUAUUUGAAUCUUCAUUGUAUGAAGGACACUUUCUGGCUUGCAAACAGGAAAAUGACCGUUUCAAACUUAUUUUGAAAAAAGAUGAUGAUGAUGCAGAUAAAUCUAUAAUGUUCACUGUAGAACAAGCUAGAUAAAACAUAUUAACGUUUUGUGUUUCAGAAAGAGUAGAACUUACAAGCCUUAUGAUAGUCCAUUCUUCGUUGCCAUAACAAAAUACCUGAGGCUGGAUAAUUUAUAAAUUAAAGAAGUUCAUCUCAUGUGUCUAAUA